AUGUGGCUCCUGGGCACCGCGCGCGCGAACCUCGUCUUCUUUCCCCAACCUGAAGACGUUCCUGGAGGCUAUGUUAUCCUGUCCCACACCUGGCUCGGGGAGUACGAAGGAAAGGAAGACACGUUUCAAAAGGUUCAAAAGCUGAACGAAGAAUCCAACGCUCCCUCGCUCCGGUCCAAGCUGCGAUCUCUCAUCUCCCCAGUGAUCUCAAAGGGAUUUUUGGCGCUCAAAAACCCACGCGAUCGCCUCACUCCCAAAGUUCAAUCGUUCCUUGAGCUCGCCGAAAAGCACGGGCACGAGUACGCUUGGGUCGACACGUGCUGUAUCAACAAGGAGAGCAGUGCCGAGCUCUCGGAAGGCAUCAAUUCCAUGUUCCGCUACUAUGCCCUCUCCGCCAUCUGUUACGUCUACCUCAGCGACGUCGAAUACUCCGACACUGAUUCGGGCAAGAUGUGGCGCGCCUUCCUAAACAGCCGCUGGCACCGGCGGGGCUGGACUCUCCAAGAGCUCAUCGCGUCCCGCGUCCUCGUGUUCUAUUCCACAGAGUGGACCUGUCUGGGUAGCAAGCACGAGCUCGCCGAUCGCCUAGAAUGGGCAACUGGAAUCUCUGCGGUAGUCCUCCGCUUCGAGAGCCCGUUUACCGACGUCAGUAUCGCGACGCGAAUAUCCUGGGCGGCGCAUCGGGAAACCACGCGGCCGGAAGACGCUGCCUACAGCCUCUUCGGGCUUUUCGGGGUCAACAUGCCGACGCUUUACGGCGAAGGGCGGCACGCAUUCUGCCGGCUCCUCAUGGAGAUCUCGAAGACGUCGCGGGAUCCUUCUAUUUUUCUCUUGGGAGAACGAUGGGAUGCAUACGGCUUGCGACACCUCCAAUCGGGCCUCCAGGACAAUCCCCGAGGCCAAACCCGUCCCUUCGCCGACCUUUCAUCUAUUGCGCCUUAUUCCUAG